ACGUUUUUAUUUUCUUCCUCGAGUCGAGUUACCAAGUCGGACCAGAGUUUCCAUUUUGGAUAGGGGGCUGCAAACACACGCACCCACACUUCUCCAAGCCGCGACAACUCAAGGUGAAUGCCGUCAUGCCAUUUGGGUGCCUUGCCCUGCGAGAUGGGCGGAAUUACAAUAGCAUUUCUGACGUCACGGACAAAUAUGAGAUUGGACAGGUCCUCCGAGCGAAGGAGUUCUGCGAGCUGUGCCUGGCUAAGGACAGACAGACAGACAAGGUGUUUGUCUGCAAGAAAUUCCUCAAGAAAGACGGAAGGAAAGUCCGCAAAGCUGCCAAGAACGAAAUCAUGAUCCUGAAAUUGGUCAACCAUCCAAACAUCCUUCAACUGAUAGACACAUUCGAGACCCGCAAAGAAUACUUCAUCAUCCAGGAACUUGCCACAGGAGGAGAUGUAUUUGACUGGAUUCUUGACCAAGGAAAUUACACAGAGAGAGACGCAUCCAAUGUCAUCAGACAGGUCCUCGCGGCUGUGGCGUACUUACACUCCCUCAACAUAGUUCACCGGAACCUGAAGCUCGAAAACCUGAUGUACUACACAGAAAACAACCACAACAAAGUAGUUCUGCGGGAUUUCUACCUCUCCAGGUUUGAGAACGGACCCAUCACAGAGCCUUGUGGAACACCAGAAUACCUGGCUCCUGAAGUGGUGGCUCGACACCGAUAUGGUCGUCCUGUGGACUGCUGGGCUGUGGGUGUCAUUAUGUUCAUACUCUUAUCAGGUAACCCACCUUUUUAUGAUGAGACAGAGGAGGAGAACACAGAUCUACAUAAUCGCAUCAUCUUCUGUCGCAUUGUUGCCGGUGAAUUUGAGUUUGAUUCUCCGUACUGGGAUGACAUUUCACCUGCAGCUAAGGAGCUUGUCUGUCGACUUAUGGAGGUGGACCAGAUGCUGAGAAUCACUGCCCAGGAUGCACUUUGGCAUGAAUGGAUUGCGGGGAAUGGUGCAUCAGAGAAGAACCUAAAGGAUGGCGUGUGUGCCCAGUUUGAGAAGAACUUUGCAAAGGCCAAAUGGCGGAAAGCGAUCCGUGUUACCACCUUCAUGCAACGAUUGAAGAAUUCAGAGGCACUGAUUGACAGUUCAGCCGAGGCUCAGGGCAGUGAGGAGGCAGGAGAUGGUGAGGGGGUGUUGUCCCAGGGUACAAGUGAUGAGGGAGACAAAGGGACAAGUGAUGGAGGAGUGACAUCAAGUAGUGUGUCUUUGGAAGUUACUGUUGAAAAUACACCAGUGGGUAUCGACAAGGAUGAGGGGAGGAGUAAGGUCGUAGAAAAUGAGGAUGAGGCAAAGACGAGUAUAGGCCCAUCAGUAGGAACUUCCCCAUCAGAUGUUCAGGAGCCUCUCUGUCAACAAAGGCAAUCAAAUGCAGCCCCCAAACUCGCACAGGAGGAGCUUGAUAAGGUUGGUGCAAAGAAAGCAGCAGGUGAUGGAACAAAGACAAUGGCUGCCAACUUGGGUCAAAGUAAAGUUGUUCCAGAAUCCAAACCGACCCCCAUGAUGACGCCUGACCCCUCCAAGCUGUCCGGCGGCUCUUCAGGCACUAACCUUAACAAAAAACACACAUCCGCCUCCCCUGAUCCCAGCAGCAAACGUAAGAUGGCUGCAACGCUCCAUGGCCCUCCACCCACAGCCACUGCUGCUGGAACAGCCUCACCAGACAAGAGGCCAGCCACACAGAGGGAGCAGAAGGAUGAGACUGAUGGAAGCUGGUGUCAGACACAGUUACCUGAGGCAGUGGCAGAGAGGUCAGUGGCAGUCGCAACAGCGAUGGGGCCUGAAACUGGAGUGGAUAUAGGACUAGGAGUUAGAUUAAGGGGUGAUGCUAGCCCUAUGGCUAGAAGGGAUAGGGAUAUCAGGACAACAGACAGAUACAGCGCUGAGUUUAGCAUAGCAAGGCCAGGUCCUGCGACAGGACAGGGUUGUUAUACAGUAGGCAGCUCUGCUAGUUUGGGCCGUCACGCCACACCAUACAACCCAGAAGUUGGGACUGUAGGAAUGGGAAUGGCAGGGAGCUACGGGAGUCCAUACAGUUCCCUGUAUAUGAGUGGAGGAGGGAUAGGGAUGUAUGGGACUGGGCUACCACAUGGAGGAGGGAGCAGCACUACAAGCGACUGGCAAAUGGACAGUGUGAUCGAGCAGAUAGAAAAGCAAAUGGCCGCCGUGCUGGAGAAGAUUGAGGGAGACAUGCCCUCGCUGCUGGAGCAAAUCAGUGACUGCCCGGCUGAACCACCAAGUGCCAGGAGCACACACGCCUCGCCUGCCACCUCCCGAACUCGCUCCUCUCAACACUCCACGGCUGCAACCUCAGCCACUCCUCCGCCUCUUCCAACCUCUCCCAGGCCUGCGCUGCCAUCGCUCCCUCGCCUUACUAUCCCUCCUCCCUCCUAUCCCCCACCCUCUCCACCCACACAAUCCUCACCCCAGGCUGCAGGAGAGCAGGUAGAAAUGGAUGGACAGAGGGAUGCUGCUCCUACCAGCCAGUCCCCCAGAGCUGCGAUGGACAGGGGGCUAUAAAGCAGGUGUCCAUGAUGCAAUACACAACACAUGGAACAUUCGAUUUAUAGUUUAAAUUUGAAGGUUUAAAGACACUCGCCGAGAACUAUCAUCCACUUACUCCUUAGAAGAAAAGUCCCCAUGCAAUGUUGUUUGGUGUGUUCAUAUUGAGAAUACUGGUAUGAGAGAAAACUACAAAUGGCAUUGAAAUACUCUCAUGAUUUGAGUGUAGGGGGAGGAGUGUACUGUAUAUCUCUGUAUGAAAAAUCUCAAAAACGUAAUCUCAAAUCCAGAUUGUGCACACCACACAACCUCCUCAUACUGAAAUCCAAGAAUUCAGCACUGUUUUCAAAUUAUGAAUCUACACAAGUAAGAAAAGCGUGAUCAAAUUCUCCGUUUAUAGUGAGUAUAGUGAGAGUUAACAGUGUGGAAGUGUUAUUAUUUGUAUUAUUCCCUACAAACUGUAAAUACAUACAAAGAACUGGUUUCCUAAUUCUUGCUGUACUCCUCUGUUGUAAACUUCCUCAUAACCAAACUGACAUUUCUCUUUUUCAAACCAGCUCAUCCCAUUUCAUUAUUUUCCAUUCCUUUUUAUUUAUGUAGCUAUUAAUUCUACUAGUGAGGCUGCAAAACUGAGAAAAAUGAGAUUGCAGUCACAGAGUUGUACAGACGUUCGUGAAACUAAAUUAAUCUAGCCUUUCCAUUGGCUGCUGCAGAUUGAGAUUUGUUCUAUUAUAUAGCCUUGUGUAUUUAAACUUGAACUGUCACUCAAAGUGUUGUGAGUUGCUCCACACCUGUUGGAGAGCUGGAGAAAGAUCUUUAGAUGCAAGAUAUUGUUUAAAGGCUUUGCAAUAAAAAAAAUAAACAGACACACACACACACACACACAUUUCUCCAUUUGUCCAUAGAGUUUGUUUUCAUUUUUUUCCAGUUUUGUCGACACAAUAAAUUGGUACUGUUAAUUUGACACUACUGUCUAUAUUUGCUCCUUUUUAUCAUGUAAAAAAGUAUUUCAGAAUCAGAAAUCCUUUAUUAGUCCCACGACGGUUGAAAUUUACAUUCUGAAGUUCAUUCUGCUUUUGGAUCUAUGUAAUACCAGGUUAUGUGCUUUUCUCCUAAAUAAAUCUACACAUCUACUGUUCUGUCCCUAUGUAAACUGUGCUCUGUUUGCCAGUCUUUCAAUAAAAGUAAAAUUAA